UAAGUAAGUUUAUGGAGAAUAAUAAAAAAACGAACCUGAAGUUUUACCAAGAUGUUAUUGAAGAUGUUUUGUUAAACUGUAAAAAAAUGUUUAUUGAGGAAGAUAUUGACGAACAAAUAAUUCCUGUCUUAAAUGAAUCAUGGAAUUUAAAAAUUAAAAAUCAUCAAGCUGUAAAAAAUUCAAAUAAAAUCAAAACAAGUUCAUUUGAACCACAACAGCAUUAUGCAUUGUCACUUCAAAUCCCCAAAAAUUCUCUUGUUAAUCAAAUGGUCCCAAUAAAAGUUCUUUUGGGAAAAAAUAGUGAUCCAAUACAGAUUUUGAUCCCUUCAAAAUUGUUGGAAAACAAUCAGCUUCAGAAAAUUUUGAGUGGUUCCCUAUUAUCCACAAUUAUUAGUUUACCAAAAUCACUUGCCACUGAUGUACUUCAACAACAUAUAAAUGACUUAAUUAAAAAUGAAAAUAAUAAUUAAGAAAUACUUAUAAGAUUUGUUGAGCUGUUUCCAUUUACUAUAUCAUGUACUUUUAGAUUAUGUAUUUUGAAAAAUUGAUCAUUUUUUGUUUAUUUGAAGAAUUACCUAAAGAAUUAUUCUAAAAAUUUACUAACAAACUCCUAAGUUGGUUAUUGACAACAGAUUUAUUAAUGCUUUGUUACGAUUAAGGUUUUAAUUAUUUUUUCAUUUUCUGAUUGUGUUACCUUUUCAAUUUGUAUUUUAUUUUGUAAAUGGGUAUCUACCACAUACAAUAUGUAAAAAUAUUAAAAACUUGGCCGUUUUUAACUUUCUUAAUGAU